AUGGCAAGGAAAAGUAAGGGACGACAAAAGGUUGAGAUGGUGAAGAUGAACAAUGAAAGAAAUCUUCAAGUCACUUUCUCCAAGCGUCGAGCCGGACUUUUCAAGAAGGCGAGCGAAUUAUGCACUCUAUCUGGGGCUGAUAUUGCUAUAAUCGUCUUCUCACCGAGUCAAAAAGUCUUCUCUUUUGGCCAUCCUAGUGUUGAGACUAUUGUGGAACGUUUUAUUAGUAGUAAUCCUCCACAGGCUGCUUUUAAAUCCAUGAAACUCAUUGAGGCUCAUCGAAACGCCAAUGUUCGCGAGCUCAACAUGCAGCUCAGUCAAAUUUUGAACCAACUCGAAACUGAGAAGGAGCGAAGCGAGGAGCUUAACCAAUGGAAAAAGGCCAAUGAGAACCAGUGUUGGUGGAUGGCUCCUAAGGAGGAUCUAAGCUUGGCACAACUUUUACAAUUGAAGGCCUCUCUUGAUGAGUUGAAGAAAAAUGUGGCCGAGCAUGCUGAGAAGAUUAUGAUUCAUACCUCAAAUAAUCAUCGUCAUCUUCCUCUUCCUCAUCCCCAUCCUCAUCCUCAUCAUCAUCAGCAUCCUUAUCAUCCUUUUUUUUUGGGAAGUUCUUCUAGUGGAGCAAGUCUUCCAUUUGAGACAAAGCCUACUGGAUUCAAUUCAAGCACUGUUCCAUUCAACAAUCCAAGCAUAUUACGCCCACGAAAUCCUUGA